AUGUCAUCCACAUCAUUCGGGAAAAAAGCCACGGAGUUGGUGAAAGAAAUCGCCUCGUCCGUGGAAUCGAGCGCGAGUCCGUCCUCGAUUCCACCGUAUAACGACGAGCUCGUGCGGUCGAUACUAGAGGAAGUGAAAGCGCAUUAUCAGGAAAACAGAUCUUUAGCGGAAAAGUUGAAGCAAGUCACAGGAAAAGAAGAACAAGAAGGAAUAACAGCGGCGAUACAAACGCACCAUCACUCGAUUUUACGCAACAAGAAAGCACUGAUGAUUUAUCUCAACGAACGCGUGAAACGAAUCCAGAGUUUACGAUGGACGUUAGGCGUCGGCUUACCGGAUUCGAUCUCGGAAAAUUUAUCGCACUCGGAACGAGAUUAUUUCACGGAGUAUUCGAAAAUUCUGAACAAAUACAUGGGGAAGAAGGAAGGUAUUAACAUGAACUUGAUUUUAGACCGGGAUCCGCCCAAGGAGCAUAAAGUGCAAGUGCGGUGUACGAAAGAUCACGGCGUGAUUUAUUUCAAAGACGGCGUCGUCGAUUUGAAGAAGGACUCCGUGCACUUGUUGAGGAGAGAAGAAGCGCAGCCGUUGAUUAGCGAGGGGGUGUUGGAGAAGUUGGACGAUACUUAG